GAAUUAUUCCAAUGAAUAGAAAAAUGCGUCAAACUUGUCAUCCUUUCCUUUCGUCCAUUCCAAGUAUUUCAUUUGAGUCCUGCAUUUUGUUAGUAAUUGGCGUGGUACUUUCUGUUGUUUUUUAAACGUGCUUCUUGUACAUUUAAUUUAUUAUUCACGUGUGUUACUUCGCUUUUGUUUCUAAGUUAAAUUUCAUCGAUAAUUUCCAAAAUGGAUGUCUACCUCAUGAUUCAACGUAAAAAGCUCACCAUCUUCACCGAUGCUAAAGACAAUACCGAUAUUCAAGAAGUGAAGAAAAUAAUCGAAGGUAUCAUUAAGGUGGCGCCGGAGAAUCAGAUGCUUUUCACUAAAGAUCACGAAACCAUGGAAGACGAAAAAACGUUGUCUGAUUACGGCUAUAACACUAACUUAGCUCGUGCCCAGUCGCCUGGUUUUAUCGGACUGGCCAUAAAGCAAGAGAGUGGUGAAUUUGAGACCCUCGAUCUGGAACCUUACUCUACUCCACCGGAUUUGCCAUACGUCAUGAAGAAUAACGCCGAAUGUGCCGAAAGUACUUGAGUACUGGUGUUUAUUUCUCUGCUACACUGGAGAUCUUUAAUCAUUAAUAAGUUUUCGUUUAUUCUACGCGUGUAAAUAUGUUGUUUGAUCAUUACUUUUUUUACUUCUUAGGUUUCUUGUGAUUUAAUUCUACCUACAUAUAUAUUCCUACGUAUUUACAUUUUUAAUAAAAUCAUUUAUUAUUUCGAA